AAUGUGUCAGCUUAGCGGACUUCGCUCGCGCAUCUUUAUUUUCUUCGGAGGCAGCGGCUUUCAGUCGCGGCAGGGAGAACAUGUCGGGACAUGCCCGCGUCCCCGCGCGCGGCGAGCUGUGGCGCACCGGGGCGAACGUGCCACUCAACAACUUCAACCACGAGCUAAACUGGACCGAAUUUACCCCAAGCCACAGGAGACGGUUGCUUUAAUAGGACAGAGAAUUAAGUGACUGCUGCGAUUUGCCCCCGCUGCAAUAUAUGGAAUGGAUUGCUUGAUGGAUGAGUAUCACCACAAUGGACAAUGUCACAAGUGCUCACAGUGCCCACCUGGCCUAGAACUGAAAGAGGACUGCGGUUACGGUGCAGGUGCGUCAGCGGUGUGUGGUGUUUGUGAAGUUCGGUGGUUUAAGGAAGACUGGGGAUCUCACCCAUGCUCACUGUGCCAGAACUGCCGCAGACUCAACAGACAGCAAAUCAAGCACUGCACAGCCACAGACAAUGCCGUGUGCGGAAACUGCCUCCCUGGAUUCUACAGCAAAAUGCGGCUGGAUGGAUUAGAAGAUUUGGAAUGUCUUCCGUGUGGCCCUGCCUCCUUCAGAAACAUACAGUGUAGCGGAGGAAAAAGCAUUGGAGCAGCUAAAGUCCAGACCUUAGCAGCUCCGAUACAAAAUGCGUUCUCCAUAGUGACCGCUUGUGUAGCAACAGCUGUAUUAACGACCAUGCUAUUUGCCAUUGUGUGUGUCACCUACCAGACACGGUCUUCACUCAGGAAAACAUGCAAACGUUGUUUAUCACCGGUCAGCAAUGGUCACACUGACAGUGAUGCAGCUUCGGUUCCCAUGACAACCCUGCACACAGUGAUGCGGGAUGAAGAAGUGGACACAUCAAAUCCUUGCCUGCUAGUGAAGGACCCCUGCACACUUGAUGACGCCACUACCACCACGAUGACCUCUGAUCUUUGCCUGCAUGGGUCUGAGGUUCUUCCUCCAGUGCGAAGCUCAGCCUGCACGGAUCCUGCAAGGGGAGUCAUCACGCAGGCAACAGAAACACCCGAAGUUUCGGACUCCAGCCUUUCUAGCCAGCAUGUGAUUCUCACUCUGGUAGGAGGACAAUCUAUAGUGAAGCCCUUCUGUGCCGUAGAGCAGCGCACAGCCUGGGGGCUUCAUGCUCCGGUAGAGUGCACUGAACUGGACCUUCAGUAUCUCUCCAACACCCUGGAGCUCCAGACUUUCAUCCCAAAGACUAUCCCACAGUGCCCCCAGGCCUGAUGCUGCAGGACCUGGAGAGAAGAGAGGAAGUGGAAUAGGAGAUGGUUAACAUGAGAAGAGAUCACAGCUGCAAAGGUAUGAUCAUGGUAAUGAGAUACUCAAAGAGACAACAGACACACUUAGUACAAACUAGUAAUUGAUGCUAAAAAGUGUGUUACUGUAGUUGUUUGAGGUUUCUGCAAUGUGAAAAAUAGGUGGCUAUGAGCACAAAGGGGCAUUAAUAUGAUAGAGGCAUUUGGUGGAGUACACUGAUUAAGAACAUUGUGGGAAGUCCUUAAUACUUAUGUACUGAAGUCACAAUGAACAGAUUUUCUACUUAAAUUGUUGACAUCUGAGUGAACUGGAUAAUCAAAAAAAAAUUGAAAGUGUAACAGCUGGAAGGACAUAAGGUGGAAUAAAUGAUAACUGAAUUCUCAUUUUGUGCAAACUACACCACCGUUUCAAAAGUUUGUGAGUUUUCUGGAUUCAGCAAAGGGUGCAUUAAAUUGAUGAAAAGCGUCAGUAAAGACAUUUCUAAUAAUUUAUUUUAAAUCUAUUUUAAUAAUGCUAGCAAACCUGGAAUAAUGCUUACAUUCAGAAUACAUGUACUUAGCAGCGUAACUGCUUUCAACAUUGAUAAUAAUAAGAGCUGUAUCUUGAACACUAAAUCAGCAUAAUAGUUUUUUGACAUCACAGGAAUAUUUUUUUAAAUAUAUAAAAAUAGAAAGCAGUCAUUUUAAUUGUAAUAAUCUCACAAUAAGUUUUACUGUAUUUUUCAUCAAAUAAAUACUGCCUUUAUGAACAUAAAAGAUGUCUUUCCGAAAACACAAACUUCUGAACACGAGUGUGCCCCUUUAAAUUUUGUGGAGUAUGUCUCUACUCAAUAUAAGCUCAUCUGUUAUCUAAAGUCAAAGCCCAAGAAAUGGAUAAUAUCAUCCCGAAGAUGAAAACUUGCAGGUCAUGUUCUUCUUUGAUCUAAACAUGGUUAUUUUAAUUGCUCCUUACAACAGCUAUGCCAGAUUACCAGUUUAUGAAGAGUAAGCUUGAUUUUACUAAUCACUGGAUUUAUUACUACAAUUACUGAUGACAGCCUCAUAGUACCUGAUUUACUGUUUAUUUUACUGCGAAACUUGACUAAACAGUAGUACGCUGCCAAAGCAAACCAAACUGACUUAUUCCUAAGCACAUUACUAGACUUUGGCAAUGUACUUCCAAUAAAACCAAGCAAAACAUGAAAAAGUAUUAAUUUAUUGUAGCUACAUUACAUUUUACUGACAGCCUGUGUAGGAAAAAUGAUGACUGGGAAAGGAAAUUCUGGCCAUCAAAGGUUGUUGUGUGAACUCGUGUUUGCUUUACAAGUAAUUACAAUGGUGCUUGUGAAUGCUUGAAUCUGAUUGGUUGAUGAAUAUUCAGUUAGUCCCAUUGUUUUCAGGGAAACGUCCGGCUAAACUAGUUCCAGGCAGGACUCGGCCACAUUGCAUGUCCAUAUCACUCCGCCAAAUGAUUUUGGUUAUAUGAAAAGACCCUACAAUUGAUAAAAGCAAGAGAACCAAGACCCACAAUGACACUGUAAAAAAUAAAUAUAGUAAACAAAAUAAAACUGCCUUCUUUUAUUAUGUAAAGAAUAUCCGUAUUUCACCCCAAGCGCACACACAUACAGUGCAGACAUUAUUAAAUACAGUCAUAAAGCAUAUGCGAAAUUGUCUGUUGUCAAUUAUUCCCUCUUAUCCUAUGCCUCAAAGUCCUACCUGUGGCUGAGUGGAUUAACAAAAUUAGUUAACAAAAAAGGGAUCAUGUCACGGCACGCUGUAUUGUGACAUUGCCUUCGAUAAAGCUUGACCUUAUUGUAAUGCCAAAUGGGUUUCAUUUAAAUUGGUAAGUUGUUGUUCGGCUGUCUUAAAUUUAGAGAUAAAGAUUUUUUUGAAGUGUUAAAUGCAUCUCUCCAACACUUUCAUAGCAUCUUUAGCCUGUUAGUGCUGCAGGGAACCACUUAACGUAUGCCAUAAAUGCACUGCAAAGAAAGACAUGAAAAAUAUAAUUUAAGUUCAAAAACACAUGCAUUGCAGUUGUUUGAAGAAGACUGCAGUUAGUCACCUGAGGAGGGAGAUCUAUUGUAAAUAAAAUAGUUAUGGUGUGGCCUGAUGCCAGCACAGUCAGCUGGUGUGUCUGUGAACACACAAAGAUGUUUUUGAGGUGGUUUGUGGACAGAUCCAGGGGGCAUGCCCUAGAUACUACAAAAACUGUACAAUUAUAUAGUACUGCAGUGAAUUUUCGCCUUUGCUCAGUCCAAGGGUGGUUUUAUAUGCCGUAUGUGUGUCCCUCAGAAUGGCAAUGGCAUCAAGCAUCAUUAGUAGGUGUUGGGUUCAUUUCAUUGAGAGCUCACACCAGAUCAUUCCUAAUCGCCUGCAAGAAAGACUAUUAAAAAGUGCAAAUGCACCACACUUUCCAGAAGACAUUUCCUGAAACAGUCCCGUUAUGUACAGUACUUCAGGUUUUAGCUUGAAAAUGUAAAAUAAUGUAAUACAAUGGUGAUCAUUCUAAAAUGAAAAGUCAGACAUUCUUCUCCCAUUUUAUUCUGGUAAAAGAAAAAAAAAGACUUUUUUUAGACUUAUUUCCUGAGUAGUUUCAGAGUUGGCAUUUUAAGUUGCUGGGAAUGAGGCAUAGCAAUGACCUCUACAAAAUGGACCUCAUCCAAAAAGGCAUUUAAAGCAAUUGUUCCACUUUUCGCACCUUCGAUAAAUAUUGCUUUUCAUUUAUAAAGCUAAUUUAAAAGCUUGAACAUUUUAACAUUAAUACGUGACUUUUUUUCUACUGUAAAAUUGUGCUGUUUUCUUUUCUGUAUAUAUUAGAUAUUUGUAGCCAACGUUUUUUGUACAUCUGCCUGCAUUUACACAUCUGACUGAGUCGUGUUAAAAACCACUAUAUAUAUAUAUAUAUAUAUAUAUAUAUAUAUAUAUAUAUAUAUAUAUAUAUAUAUAUAUAUUCAGAGUUCUAUUGUAUUUACAAAAAUUCUCAUCAGUAUAAAGUGUGGGAUACUGUGUUGUAUUGUAGUAACAGUACGAUUUUUUUUCAGUUUAUGUUGAAUAUGUUCUUAUUCAAUGAAUUAGGAACAGUAUUUUGGGGUGAAAUGCAAUGAUACUAUUAUUGUCGCUGUUGUUUUGUUCAGUAUGUGUCAAAUAAAUAGUUUUUCUACUUUU